UAAAAGCCGGGUUCCGGGAACGCCAGCGUGCUGAGGAGGCUAGAGGAUGGCGUCUCGGGGUCGGAGACCCGAGCACAGCGGACCCCCGGAACUGUUUUACGACCAGAAUGAAGCCCGGAAAUACGUUCGCAACUCACGGAUGAUCGAUGUCCAGACCAAGAUGGCUGGGCGAGCACUGGAGCUCCUUAAUCUGCCCGAGGGUCAGCCCUGCUACCUGUUGGACAUUGGAUGUGGUUCCGGGCUGAGUGGAGAUUAUCUCUCAGAUGAAGGGCACUAUUGGGUGGGCAUUGACAUCAGCCCUGCCAUGCUGGAUGCAGCCUUGGACCGAGACACGGAAGGAGACCUGCUUUUGGGGGAUAUGGGCCAGGGCAUCCCCUUCAAACCAGGCUCCUUUGAUGGUUGUAUCAGCAUCUCUGCUGUGCAGUGGCUCUGUAAUGCCAACAAGAAGUCCGACAUUCCUGCCAAGCGCCUGUACCACUUUUUUUCCUCUCUGUAUUCUGUUUUGGCCCGUGGUGCCCGUGCCGUCCUGCAGCUGUACCCUGAGAACUCUGAGCAGUUGGAGCUGAUCACAACCCAGGCCACGAAGGCCGGCUUCACGGGUGGCGUGGUGGUGGACUACCCCAACAGUGCCAAGGCAAAGAAGUUCUACCUCUGUCUGUUUUCUGGGCCUUCAACCUUCCUGCCGAAGGGGUUGAGUGAAAAUCAGGAGGAAGAGGAGGCCACUGAGUCCAUGUUCACUAAUAAGAGGGUUCCCUACAGGCUGGCACGGCGAGGCCUGGUGAGGAAGAGCCGAGAGUGGGUGCUGGAGAAGAAGGAGCGCCGCAGACGUCAGGGCAAGGAAGUCCGACCCGACACUCAGUACACCGGCCGCAAGCGCAAGCCGCGCUUCUAAGUGGCGGCCACCUCUGGACAGCUCCGACCCAUCAUGGGAGCCGCCAGCUCAGCUCUCGCCCCCAGGAAGUUUUCUAUUUUGAAGUGAUUACUUCUGCAGUUGACAACAUAGUAUUUUAGAAAAGUUCUAAAAUUAUUUUCACUAAAUAAGUUAUAAGGAUUUCUUGUUUUGUUCUAAAAGCAAUAAACCACUUUGCGUAGAAGUGAA